GUGAGUGUCUGAGCGGCGCAGGGGAAAGACCCGAGAACCCGGAGUCUGCGGUGGAGCAGGAGGAGGAGAGAUAAAGAACCAUGUCUAAUCCGUGAAACGUGCCCAUUCUGCAGCUCCGCGCCGUGCAUCGUCCACCCGGCGGCCACAGCGGCCAUCAGAGGGUGAGACCGACCCUAACAGGGUCACCACCUCCGAGGGUGGGUCCUGAUUGUCCGGACCAGCGCUGGUGGCUCUUGGGGAAAAACUGGCUGCCAUCUUUGACCUCCACCGAAGAGCUAAGCCCAACUGUUCCUCCUCCACCCCCCUUACAUCACUGUUCAUUGCUCUGUUGUGAACCGUGAAUCCCUCCAACUGAUUUGCUUUAGAGUACUAUGGCAAUGCAUGAUAUGAGUCGUGCCAAGGGAUACCCCUGUAAAGAAUGUGAUAUGGUUUGCCCGAGUACUCCAAGUCUUCUAGAACAUAUGAAAGCACAUUAUCAGCAAGAAGAGACUGGACGUUUUGAGUGUGAACAGUGUGGCCGAAUUUACAAGCACGCAGCUAGCUUAGCUAAUCACAAAAAGUCUCACGAAGUGGGUUCCUUCCAGUGCCCUGUUUGUACUCGUACCCUACCCAACGCUGUAGCUUUGAAGAACCACCUUCGUAUCCACACAUUGUCUCCCAGUAGCGCGCACACAGAGGAAGAGAGCGAAGAAGUACCUGAAGACACAGGCCACGACGAGAGGGACUACGGCCUCGCCCAGGACCUCUCCGACGGGUUUGGCCGCUCCCAUUUGAAUAAUAGUGGAAUGGGACAUAGUGUCCUACAAAGCCACGAGACAGAGGAACACGGGAAAAAAGGCUCCCCUGAAUCCGACGACGCUUGGGACAGACCGUUCAAGUGCGAUCAGUGUGACAGAACCUACCGGCAUCACGGUAGUCUGGUGAACCACAAGAAGUGUCACCAACAAGGAACUUUUAAGUGCUCUGUGUGUUUCAAACAAUUCAGCAACCUGGCUGCCCUAAACAGCCACGAGAGAACUCACUCGAAGUUCAAGACUCCCGGGGCAUCAAUGGUGAGCAGCAGUGGUAGUGGCAGUAGCGGCAGUCAGUCAUCCCAGAGCGAGGACACCGCCUCGUGUUUCUGCCACCUCUGCCAGGUAGCCCUGCCAAAUAAAGCUGAUUUUCAGGAGCACAUCCUGCUGCACAACACAGCCUCCCCCAUCGGCCUGCCCCGCAGUUUCCCAGGCAUCAUGCCUCACAAUCUGAGUGCAGUUCGAUCCCCAGCAUACACACCAGCCCUGGGGGACCCUUUGCCUCUGCCGCCCCUGCCCACUGAGAAAAGAGGUCCCUAUGACCCUAUCAUGGGCCCUCCAGUCAACAAUCCCAUCUACACGUGUGCAUACUGUGGGGCAGGACACCCAGAUCUGGAGACCUUGAAAGUCCACUAUUUAACCCAUGAUCCCCACCCUGCUUCCCAUGGUCAGGAUGGAUCCAUCCUCAACUCUGACACACUAAGUUCUGGAUCACAGGGCUCAGUAUCUUCUCCAUCUGGAGGCCGUGUACCCCAGGCCCAUUCUCCAGAUGAUGGAGAGCGCCGCUUUAAGUGUGGGGAGUGUGGAAAAAGUUACCGGCAUGCAGGAAGCCUCGUGAACCACAAACGUUGCCAUCAGACAGGCCACUACCAGUGCACCAUCUGCUGUAAGCAGUACCCUCACCUGGCAGCACUACACAGUCACCUACGAAGCCACAAGGGACGUUCCUCAAACCAGCCUAUUAAUAACGACAGCAAUGACUGGCUAUCUCCAGAGCCACUAACUCUGGACUCCCAGCAGAGCUAUGUCCAGGAAGGCAGUGGUGCCACCACUCCAAUCUCACUGCCAGGGAAUCUCGGUGAUGCUGCCCACUUUGUACCAGAUGGUGGUCACAGCAGUGGGUUGGACUCUCUUGAGUUUCAUGAUCGUUUUGAUGGCAGCUCACUUUCCCAGAGCAACUCAGCGCACCGUCAGGCUGACCGACAUGUGUGUGCUGACUGUGGUGAGAUGUAUGGAGAUGUAUCAGGCAUCAAGUCACACAUGUGUCCCCGCCAUGGCCAGCAGCCACAGCAACAAGGCAACAUGUCCAAUGGUUUCAUAGGGAACAUGAACUAUCACAGCUCAAGUGGAACCUCAUUGCCCGCUGGAAGUUCCAGUAACUUGAAAGAAGGCGGCAGCCAACGACAGUUCUCCCAAAGCGGAGGAAAGAGAAUGGGGAACAGUGACAAAGGUGACGAGGAUGAUGGUGAAGUGUAUCAGUGCUCUGUGUGCGGCAACCACUAUGCCAGCCUCAGAGCCCUUAGGAGCCACUUGCGUAGCCACGCCAACAACCCAACAGGACCAGGACCUUCCAACCUGGAACAGGAUUGGAGAAUGAUCUGCUCUACCUGUGGCCAGAGCUUCUCCAGGAAGCAGGACCUCCUGAAUCACCAGUUGGUCCAUGGCCCCCAAAGGCAAGAUGGUCAGCAACAGAGUAUUGCAAGCAGCUCAGCUAAUGGCAAUGACAAGAUGGAUGGGCGCAACCACAUUUGUGUUGACUGUGGCAUGUUUUUCGCUGACCGCCACCACCUAAUCACCCACCUUUGUCCUGGUAAGAAUCGGGCCAGUUCACUGAGCAAGCAGGGCCUGAACGGAGCCAAAGGGAUGUCUGGAGGAGAUGGUGUUGGUGGUGGGGUUGCUGGAGGCAGCCGUGAUGUUGGUGGUGAUGGACGCAGGCCUAUGGUUGACCAAAGUGACAAGCCCCACAAGUGUGACCAGUGUGGACGAGGAUACAGACACCCCUGCUCACUCCUCAACCACAAGAAGUCACAUAAAACUGGCGUUUUUCGCUGCUUGGUUUGUCAGAAACGUUACUACAAUCUGCUGGCUCUCAAGAAUCACCAAAGGACCCACUUUGACCUGAAAAGGCACAAGUGUGAAGAAUGUGGUAAGGCUUUCAAGAUCCAAAAGCAGCUGAUAAACCACCUCCGGCUCCACGAGGAGCAUCGGGCCAAAGGUCUCGUCCGGACUGGCCCAAACGGUUCCCGCUUCCAGCAGGCUGGCCCAUCUCAAAUGCAGACUAUGAGAGGAGAGUCAUCGAAGGGCCAGGUAAUGGGUGUCAAAUACAACCAUCAAGGGUUCAAGAAACCCUACUCUUCAGCUGGAACUUCCAGACCUCAGAAGUUUGACCCUUCUGAAAGUGGACGGCGGCCUUUUGCCUGUGAAGAAUGUGGAAAGACAUACCGACAUGCAGGCAGUCUAGCCAAUCACAAGAACCUUCACAAAAUUGGAGAGUACCACUGCAAUGUUUGCAACUCUACGUACCCCAACAGGCUAGCAAUGAAAAACCACCUACGUCUCCACUUUGCCCAGAAGAAACAUAACUGCCAAGAGUGUGGGAAGGGCUUCCGCACUCAGAGACAGCUAGCUACCCACUCUACAGCUGGCCUGUGCAAAGGCCCGCAGGGCCCUGGGGCCCAGAUGGAUUUUGAGUGCGAUGGCUGCUGUGAAGGCUUUGCUACGGCUGAUGAGCUUGCCGCCCAUGACUGCCCAGCCCAGCACCUGCCUUCGUCCUCCUCCACCAACAGCUCCACCAACAUCAGCAUGGAGAGAAGUUCUGUUGACCUGGACUCUGAUGAGAGACCCUACGCCUGUGACCUGUGCAGUUGCGCCUACAAACAUGCAAGCUCCCUGCUGAACCACAAGCACACCCACAAGACAGGCAACUUCCGGUGCAAUUUCUGCGACAAGCCCUACACUAAUUACAUGGCGCUGCGGAACCACAUGCGCAUCCACACACAACGGAAGAAGCACAUCUGCCACACAUGUGGGAAAGCCUUCCGGCUGGCCAGGUUCCUCCGCAACCAUCAGAAAGUCCACGAGGAGGGUGCUACCCCCUUUGGCUGCCCCAGCUGUGGGAAGAGUUUCCAGGGAAGGUCCGGUCUGGCCAGGCAUCGCUGCGGGGAGAAUCAGGUAGGCAUGGAAGUCAGGAGGAAGGCCACUGCACCCACGGGAGAGGGCGAAGAAUGUCGGUACACAUGUGAUCAAUGUGGCCGCUCCUACCGCCAUGCCAGCUCCCUCCUCAACCACAAGAACACCCACACCGUCGGCAUCUACCACUGCGCUGUGUGCCUCAAGACCUAUUCCAACCUGCUUGCCCUGAAAAACCACCGCCGUAUCCACUCGGAGACACGGCGCCACCGUUGCCAUGAUUGUGGCAAGGCCUUUCGUGUUUCCUCCCAGCUCUACAACCACCGCCGAGUCCACCAGAAGCAGCGGGAACUGACAUGCCGGUCCUGCCAACGAGCCUUUCCUACACAGUCCAGCUUCAGACUCCACAUGGAGAUCACCCAUGGCCAGACACCACAGCCCCGCCAGCCCAGAGCCCAGCAGCCCCGACCAGGGGGCUCCCAGGAGUUGGGCUGGGGGUCAGGCCUGGACAUCACCUUGAUGCAAGAGCAAGGACUCAACCCAAGCAGCGUCGCCAAAGCCCGCAGUCGUGGGGGCAGCAGUGAGGUCAUUAAGUCCCAUGUCUGUGGUCAGUGUGGGCGGUCUUACCGCCACGCCAGCUCCCUCCUCAACCACAAGAACAGUCACAAGACUGGCACCUACUUCUGCAACUCCUGCCAGAAAGAGUUCCCCAACCUGAUGUCCCUCAAAAACCACCGCCGGAUUCACACAGAGCCCAAACGCUACCAGUGCCCGGACUGCGGCAAGUCCUUCCGUGUGUCCACACAACUCAUCUGCCACCGCCGCAUUCACACCAAGGAAAAGCCGUUCUCCUGCCAGCACUGUGAUAAGCACUUCUCCUCCAAGUCCAACCUGAGGCACCACAUGAAGGUGCACUGGAGUGGCUCAACGGCGCCCCCUCCCAGGGCCAUGGGUGCGCCCAACUUCCUGGAUUUGAGUCCGGUGAUGUCGCCCAGUGGUUCCAGGAGCUUCCCCUGUGGUCAGUGUGGGCGGUCUUACCGCCACGCCAGCUCCCUCCUCAACCACAAGAACAGUCACAAGACUGGGACCUACUCGUGCAACUCCUGCCAGAAGGAGUUCCCCAACCUGAUGUCCCUCAAGAACCACCGUCGGAUUCACACAGAGCCCAAACGCUACCAGUGCCCUGACUGUGGCAAGUCCUUCCGUGUGUCCACAGCGCUUGUCUGCCACCGCCGUCUCCACACCAAGGAGAAGCCGUUCUCCUGCCAGCACUGCGAUAAGCGCUUCUCGUCCCGGUCCAACCUGAGGCACCACAUGAAGGUGCACUGGGGUGGUCUGCCGCUCUCCAGAGGGACGUCGUCCGCCUUCCUCACCGUCCCCUCCAGAUCCUUCCAGAUAUGAUGUGUCCUGACCCGGUGACACAACGGCCACAUACCUCAUCACUGCCCCCUGGAGGCCGGGAAUCUGACCUCUGCUCAAAACUUCAUGUUGAAAUAUGUACUAUCAAAUAUAUGACUCUGAAAAACAUCACAGGAUUUGUGCGGAAUCGAGUCUUGGGUCUAGGUGGUUUUAAAUGAUAGUGAGAAAAAAAUAAUUAUGGAUCUUUAAUGUUUCCAUUAGAUCCAACUUACCCCUUUGUGCACAGCUGUUGGUCCAUGAACACCUAAAUAUUUAAACACAAACUUUAUUAUAAAACAAAUGUCAUUUUUUCAUCAGUAGAAAUCUACAUAUAAACUAGAAUGUCUCUGAAGCAGCAGCAGGUUGUCGGGUCCGACUCGUUCAAACGGGAACAUGUGGGAACCUCCAGGCGAGAGGCGGAGCCUGUAGAGCAGCAGGAGGCGGGGCAUCACGUAUGAACUCUGCUGUAGACAGAUCAGUGUUGUUGUUUACAGCUCAUCCACACCACACAUUUUACCAGGAGACUGCAGGAGAAGAUCCAGAACAUGUCCAAAGAGACUGACUCAGACAUUUGUUCUCACAUAGAGAACCUUUAGAACACGUGAGGAACCUGCAGAACAUGUCAGGAACACGUCUGUGGCUCAGUUCAUGUGUAAAAACACUAGUUUCAGAUCCAAAAUCAGGAUUUUUUUUAUUUUUAUCUCAACCAAAAUCAUUUUCAGACUUUCUGCAGCCUCGUAUUGUUCAGGAACAGUUUGUUUUCACUUAUGAAUAACGAUGAUGUGUAAUAACUCGGUUGAGCUCUUUUCUCGGCUGGAGGUGAACCAGUUGUUUCCUGAGACUUGUGGACAUUUUAUACGACUCAACAGAAAACAGUCAACAUUGCCUCUCCUGUAAUUCUGACGCUGGGAAACUGUUUUCAUCGAAGUUCAUGUACUUCAACUUUUAACUUGUAUUCGGCCUCCACAGACCAGUACAGGUGCAUUAUGGGUCUUGAAUUUUUCAUGAACGACAGUUUCUGAAGCACUUGUCAUAUCAUAGUUCUUGACCUCAAUGUUUUUGUGAUGGCAUGUUGACUUGAAGUUGACAAUAAACUGACGACACAUUUUUGUUCUUAACAUUUGUAAAAAAAACUUCGAGCUGCAGCGGUAGCAUGUUGUAACGUGUUGUCAUGGUCUUCACUCAGAUCUUACGGUUCACAACCAAACAUGACACAGCAUUGUUUCUGCCACUGGAACAGAAAACACCAUCAUUUUUACACACUUUAGUAAAACAAGAUUAUUUUAAUCAUAAUUAAGAUUCAAAAAUGUAUCUAAAUAAAUGUUCAAAGUGGAAAAAAUAAGCUGUCAAAAAGAGAAACUGGAUUCAUGGUGGAUGAGAUGGAUGAUGGUUUAACAGUUGCCUGCAGACCAGUAACAUCUUCAUCAUUGGACUCGUCUUCAUCACCUUCUACCUGCAUUGUUCUGUUCUGACUUGGUGCCUUAUCGCACACAUAUAUAUGUAUAUACUCAUUGUUUAUAUAUGUGUAUAUAUAGUUGCAAACUAACCAGAAGUAGAAAUUUGAAAAGUGAUUGUGUGUCGUCGACUUUCACUUUCUCACAAUCUGCAGAAAAGCCUAGAACUUUGACUUUUGUCAAAAUUCGGAUGUGUCGUUGAUGAAAGAACUUUAUUUGUGUGGAUCGACCAAUGAGAGACAAGCGCCUGCAGCCGUGGUGACGGCCAUUUUGAGUCCAGUCAUUUAACCCACAUUUAUACAGCUCCUUGUUUUCACCAAGAGAAAAAAGAUGAACCUUGUUAUGACUUUUUAAUCUCUCACAUCUAUUGAGUUCAUGAUGCUGCUGUUGUUCAAUUACAGGUUCAAAAUACGUUGAUUUUCAUCUGAAGACAGAUCCAGGUUUCAUUAUAUGAAAAACUAUAAUUCACUUGAUUUCAGUGGGAAUACAAAAUGGUGGAGUGGAACGUGUGGUGUGGAAACGUCGACUGUUCUAUACAAACUACGAUUCUUUUGUUUCAGCUGGAAAAUAUUUUGAACUGUCAGUGCAAACUUUAAAUUUAAAUAGUUUUUCCAACAAACAACCCGUUUUAUCCUGUUAGAUAAAAAUUGCAACAAGUUAAAAAAAAAUUCACUCCACACGACGGUAAUAUAACUUUUAUUUGAAAGUUAAACCUUCAUGACUUUACUUCUGUUUUAAAUGUUGAGUUAUUGCAUAAACGAAUCUGAUCAAUGACAACAUUAACACCAUAUUACAUUAAUUAUGAAUUAGUGCAUUAGUUAUUAAUAUUUAUACAAAUCUCAUUUAUACAUUUGUGUUAAGAUGUAUAUCUGUGUAUAGCACAAAUUCAUGAUGGGUUUUUAUGUUUUUAAUAUUUGUCAUCCUUCAGCCACAAAUGAACUGACACAAAUUAUGUUUCUUUAAUUUUCUGCUGUUUGUGAAUAUUUAAUGUUAUUGAAUCACAAUUGUUUUAAUUGUAAAACCAAACUUAUUAGCAGUGAUAAUUAUAUAAAUGAUUAUAUGAUAAGAUAGAUGAAUAAAUAUAUUACUGUCUUUGAUCAAUAUGAAUAGAAAUAUUAAGUCUUUGAUCAUAUAAAUAGAACACGCUUUUUGUGCUUCCAAUUUUCUUCUGCAUCUGCAUUUGUUUAUAAAUAAAUUCUGUUUCUACUGUGGAAACAAAUCCUCUGAAUUGUCUGAUUGACAGACUGAUGAUUGACUGAUGACUG